AUGCUACGCGACCUCGGAGCCACGCUCCUCCUCGCAUCGUCGGCCCUCUCGCUCGUGAGCGCGGCCUCCAACCGCUCCCUCGCCGUCGACUACAGCCUUCUCCAGAGCCAGGCGGCAUGGAGCCUCGACAGCCGCCCGCCGGAAUGCCCGCCUUGCUUCAACUGUCUGCUGCCCGCGUUCAACUGCAAGCAGUAUGCCGAGUGCAGCACGCACGAUGGGAAGUGUGAAUGCCCGCCGGGCUUUGGCGGGGAUAAUUGUUUGGAGCCGCUUUGUGGGUCGCUGGCCGGCGACAAUCACAGGCCCGUGAAGGGCAAGGAGCCUUGCGAGUGCGACGAGGGCUGGACUGGAAUCAAUUGCAAUGUUUGCGAGACGGACGAUGCGUGUGACGCCCUCAUGCCGCAGCGUGAGGGUGGCGUUUGCUACAAGCAGGGCAUUGCGGUCAAGCAGAAUUACCAGCAGUGUGAUGUUACGAAUCGGAAGAUCCUGGAGAUGUUGAAGAGGAACCCGCAGGUCACGUUCGGAUGCAACAAGGAGAAGGAGGAGUGUACUUUCCAGUUCUGGGUUGACCAGGUCGAGUCGUUCUACUGCGCUCUUGACGAGUGCGAAUGGGAGCUGCAGAGUACACACGAUAAAAACGUUACAGACUACGAGUGUAAGAAGGUCAAGUGCGAGUGUAUUCCGGGCCGCACCCUCUGUGGUGAGGGUGGCACCAUCGAUCUCACAGAGUUCUUGACAGAAGGAAUUACUGGGCCCGCGACAUUCUCUUGCGAUUCUUCAAAGUCGAAGGAUUCGUGCUAUUUCUCGGAGCCUGCAAUGAACGACGUCAUCUCCUCCAUCUUUGGAGAUGAGAGCAUUCUGUUGGAUUGUAACGCGGGUGAAUGUUUGCACAAAUCGGAAGUCCCUGGAUACAGCAGACCGAUCAAGACCAUCAACAAGCCUCUUAUUGCUGGUGUCAUUGCCGGAUGUGCUUUGUUCAUACUUGCUGUAGUUUUGGGUCUUUGGUAUCUUGGCAGGCGCUCAACCCAGCGCAAUGGCGCAAUCCGUCUCGCAGAAGAAGACGAUGAGGCAAGCCGUCUUGGUGUGGAGCACAGACCUGCGUCAUUGCACUUCGAGAAGGUUUCUUACUCGCUCAAUGAGAAGACUAUCCUCAAGGAUGUCAGCGGUGUUGUCAAUUCCGGGCAAGUUAUGGCUAUCAUGGGACCCUCCGGAGCAGGAAAGACUACCUUCCUGGACAUCCUCGCGAGGAAGAAUAAGCGUGGUAAUGUCCAGGGAAAUAUCUACGUCAAUGGAUCUUUGGUGUCGGACGAGGAGUACAGAGAGGUUAUUGGUUUCGUUGAUCAGGAAGACACUAUGAUGCCGACACUCACGGUCUACGAGACGAUUCUCAACUCUGCGCUUCUUAGACUCCCGAGAGAUAUGAGCUUCCAGGCUAAGGACACCCGUGUUAUGGAGGUUAUGGCACAGCUUGGAAUUUUAGCAAUUAAGGACCAGCUUAUUGGAACAUCAGAGGACAAUGGACUUCGCGGCAUCUCUGGGGGUGAGAAGAGGCGUGUUGGAAUUGCCUGUGAAUUGGUCACCAGCCCUAGUAUCCUGUUUUUGGACGAGCCUACCAGCGGACUGGACAGCUUCAACGCCUACAAUGUGGUCGAGUGUUUGGUCAACCUUGCAAGGAACUACCGCCGUACUGUGGUCUUCACUAUCCAUCAGCCGAAGAGUAACAUUGUCGCGCUUUUCGAUCAAUUGGUGCUUUUGGCAAAGGGAAGAUGUGUCUACUCAGGCCCUUUUGACAAGUGCCAGAGAUACUUUGAUCAGCAGGGUUACCCGUGUCCUCAAGGCUUCAACAUUGCGGAUUAUCUCGUCGACUUGACAAUGCACGCAGACUCCCGACGCGCGCUCCCCCAAGAGGAAGAUGUCUCGGAGAGCAAUGAAAACUCACGCAGAAGCACAGUAACAUCACCAAGCCCCAGCGAAAGCACUCCUCUCUCUUCCACCAGUUCCAAGAAGAAGGGCCGCAAGCGGGGCGGCUCAAUCAGGGCUCUCCAAGAAAGGCAGCUUUUUACUCGUCGACGCUCUGAGAUUGCAAACCCGCUUGGCGAAGAGGUCAUGAUGUCCGAUGAUUUGGAAGGCACCAGGGUCUGGAGAGACGUCGGUGAGCCACGCCACACCUUCGAGGAAGCAGAACACCUUCUCCCCCCCGCUCCCCAGAUGAACGGUGACGCCACAGAUCUCGACGUCCUGAUUGCCGCCUACCAAAACUCCGACGUGGCCGCCGCCAUCCGAGACGAGAUCUCAUCACCCGGCACAUCCGAAUCCAACGGCAGCGCCAACGGCUCCGCCGGCCAACGGCCCUCCAGCAGCGGCAUGCGCAGUUUCAAGCGCAUCGGCUGGCUCGCGCAAUUCGUCAUCCUCAGCCGGCGCACCUGGAAGAACCUAUACCGCAACCCCAUGCUCAUGCUCGCGCACUACGCCAUCUCGAUCCUCCUCGGCGUGCUCUGCGGCUACCUCUUCUUCGGCCUCACCAGCGACAUCUCGGGCUUCCAGAACCGCAUGGGGCUCAUCUUCUUUGUGCUCGCGCUCUUCGGCUUCAGCACGCUCACGUCGCUCAACGUCUUUGCCGCCGAGCGCACGCUCUUCCUGCGCGAGCGCGCAAACAGGUACUAUGCGCCCAUCACGUACUUUGCGGCCAAGGUCAUCUUCGACAUCGUGCCGCUGCGCAUCAUCCCGCCAAUCAUCAUGGGGAUGAUCAUGUACCCCAUGGUCGGCCUGUACGCCGAGUGGCCCGAGUUCUUCAAGUUCAUGCUGGUGCUCGUGCUCUUCAACCUCGCCGCCGCGGCCAUCUGUCUCUUCAUCGGUAUCAUCUUCAAGGACACGUCGCUCGCGAACUUGGUGGGGAGCCUGGUCAUGCUCUUCUCGCUGCUGUUUGCCGGGCUGCUGCUCAACCACGACUCGAUACCGAAGGGCGCGCUGUGGCUGCAGACGGGCAGCAUCUUCCAUUAUGGCUUUGAGGCGCUGCUGGUCAAUGAGGUUAGGUACUUGAGUCUGUAUGAACAUAAAUACGGCCUCGAUAUCGAAGUGCCCGGCGCCACAAUCUUGAGCACCUUCGGCUUCAACUCGCUCGCAUACUGGAAGGACGUGAUUGGGCUGGGCGUGUUUGCGGGCAGCUUCAUCAUCCUGGCGUAUGGUGCUAUGCAUCUGCUGUUGGUUGAGAAGCGGUAG